CUGGCGGGAAGGCACGAGAAAGAGAGCGAGAGAGUGAGAGAGCGAGGGAACGAGAGGAGGGAGGGAGAGGGAGAAGCGAAGAGAGAAGAGGAGAAAAGCGUGUGUGUGCGUGUCCGUGUGUGCGCGUGUGGAUUGCACCACCGCAUCCAGUUCACCGUUUUCUGCAGGCGGCCAUGCUCCGAUGGAGAGAAUAAACCCGACCACGUCUGGUUUCCCCUCAGAUUUAGCCACUCCGCUCCGUGUUUCCAGAUGUGACUGACAAGUCGUUUUAUGUCGCCCGCAUUGAGCUGUGCGCCGUUCAUCUCGGAUAGACUGUGACACCAUGGCUUUGGUUAUGGAACCUAUAAGUAAAUGGACACCAAAGCAGGUGCUGGACUGGAUGAAAGGUCUGGAUGACUGUCUCCAGCAGUACAUCAAGAGUUUCGAGCGGGAGCAGAUGGGGGGAGAGCAGCUGCUUCACAUCACCCAUCAGGAGCUGGAGGAGCUGGGUGUCACCAGGAUAGGACACCAGGAGCUCAUCCUGGAAGCCGUGGACCUCCUCUGCGCCCUGAACUACGGACUAGAGACAGAGAACCUCCGGACUCUAUCCCACAAACUCAACGCUUCAGCAAAGAACCUCCAAAAUUUCAUCCUCGGCAGACGGAGGGGUGGCCAUUAUGAUGGGCGAGCUUCCCGAAGGCUACCAAAUGAUUUUCUCACUUCAGUGGUGGAUCUAAUUGGUGCAGCCAAGAACUUGCUAGCUUGGCUUGACAGGUCUCCGUUUGCCAGUGUGACAGAGUAUUCAUUACUGAAGAACAACAUUGUGCAGCUCUGCCUAGAAUUAACCACCAUUGUACAACAGGACUGCACUGUCUAUGAGACAGAGAAUAAAAUUCUUCACGUGUGUAAGACCUUAGCAGGGAUAUGCGAUCACAUCAUCUCUCUGUCGUCAGACUCUCUGGUCUCUCAGUCUGCCCAUCUGGAGGUGGUCCACCUUACCAGCAUCAUGCCAAACGAAGGCCUGGGGAUGUAUAUAAAAUCAACAUAUGAUGGACUCCAUGUUAUUACUGGAACCACAGAGAAUUCUCCAGCAGAUCAGUGUAAGAAGAUCCAUCCAGGGGAUGAGGUGAUCCAAGUCAACCACCAGACAGUGGUGGGCUGGCAACUGAAGAACCUGGUGAAUGCUCUAAGAGAGGACCCAUGUGGAGUCAUCCUCACGCUGAAGAAAAGGCCCCAGAACACCCUGAGCUCCACGCCAGCUCUGCUCAGGAACGUCCGCUGGAAACCACUUGGCCUGCAGCCGGUCCCGACCAGCCCCACCAGCACCUCACCUACACCCGGUGGAACUUUGGGCAUGUCCAAAAUGGAUGCCCCCAGCAUGCAGGACGUCUAUAUCCUCUCUCCUGUUUCCGGACUCUAUAGCACCAGGGAGGAGAUGGGUCUAAUGUCAUGUGACGACAUCAGCCGCUACAGCGUUAGCUCCCAGUCGGGCUCUAAAGGUUCAGAGGCGGUCAGUUACUACCUGGACCAGGACAGCGGUCAGUACUUCUCCUUGCUGGAAGGAGAUGGACCGCCGGGACCUGACUAUGACAGGGGUCGCAAUACGGGGGUUCGUCGGCGAGAUAAGACCCCUACCCACGGUGACCUCAGACCCGUUUCCAUGCCUCCCGAAUAUAACUGGAUGGCCGAGGCCAAGGAACCCAGCAUGGGCAAGAGAGGGAGCCGAGAUUCAGACAACUCCCUCCUGCGCUACCUUAGUGAUGACAAGAUUCUGGUGAUCGAGGAAGAACCCGAGGGUCCGAGCAGAGAAAGCCGCCGGGAUUCCACCAGACGCUCUCGGCGUAAGAGCCGUAAUCCCAGCAGCCCUAGUUUUCCCAUUAGCCCCUCCAUGCUGUCCUCCACCCUGCGCCUAGACCAACCACCUGAACCAUUGCCUAGAGGUGCGGAGACACUGAGGGCAGACACAACAGACAGGUACUCGGGCUCAGGAAGCUCGGGAGCUGCCUCCAUGAGGAAGUCGUUCCAUUACACCUCCCUAAGAACGAAAACCAAAAAGAGAAGUAAAGGUUCCCUCACUAGUGCCAGUCGAAGGAGAAUCUCCUGUAAGGAUCUCGGCCACGGUGACUGUGAAGGCUGGCUAUGGAAAAAGAAGGACGCUAAAGGCUACUUCACCCAAAAAUGGAGGAAGUACUGGUUUAUCCUCAAAGAGUCUUGUCUCUACUGGUACACCAACCAAAACGAUGAGAAGGCUGAGGGCUUCAUCAGCCUCCCUGAGUUCAGAAUAGACCGAGCCAUAGAGUGCAGACGGAAAUUUGCCUUCAAAGCCUGUCAUCCAAAAAUCAAGAGCUUCUUCUUCGCCACAGAUUGUCUUGAGGAAAUGAACAGGUGGAUGAACCGGCUGGGUCUAGCUGCUAUUGGAUACACACCAGAUGAUAAGGUGCCUCGCCCUGAUGAAGACUAUUGGAGUGAGAGCGAUCAAGACGACGUCGAUGGCUCGAUGACACUCAAACAGGAGGGACCCUCAUCCCUCUGUGAUACUUACCAUCGCACACCAUCGGCUAACCUCCUCCACAGUUAUGACCAGUUGCCCCGCUCAGUGAGCUCCAUGAGCCUCAUGCGCUCCACUCCAUCCCCACUCCCCCCACCGAUGAGUGCCUCCACCUCCCCCAUUCCUCCACAGAUGGUCUCUUCCACCUCCCCUCUCCCUCCACAGGUUAAUUCUUCUAGCCCCUUCCCGGAGCCUAAGCAUGGUCGGCAUUUCUCCAGCGAGUCCACACACUCCCACUCCUCUGCCGAGGACCAGCGUGGAGACGGCAUGGGCAUGGGCACUGGCACAGGCAGCACCAGUACCCACUCAUCCGGCUGCCGCUCUUCCCAUCGUGAACGACGCUCCUGGCAGGACCUCAUUGAGACCCCUCUGACCAGCGCAGGGCUGCACUUCCUCCAGACAGCACCGGGGGAGAGUGAGUAUGGCGGCUUAAUGGGGAGCAUGGCUGGAGAAAUGGGGUUCUACGGAGGGCUGGGCAGACAGGGCAUGUCCCCAGAGAGACGCAGGCAGGCCACGCUGCCCGUACGGAGACACCACGCCGCAGAGAGGGACAGAGAACGGGACGGGCCCUUCCCUCUGGAGCGGGGGCCGUACACACACAGCCACACACACAGGCGCUCCCACAAGCAGCGGAGCCAGAGUCUCCCCAGGAACAGGGACCCGAUGCCAGGAAAGCUGCUGCACACCUCUGCUCACAUGGAGGAGAGGAGUGAAGACGAGGAGGCAGAAGAGCAGGCUGCAGAUAUGCUUGAGGGUGAGGAGGAUCUGCGGGAGCUGAGAGUGGAGAGCAGAGAGAGGAGGGUGUCGGAGGGACGGGAGCGGCGAGUUUCAGAGUGCCGCGAGCCCGAGCCGCUGGAUGGGCUAGAGCAGCUCUAUCGGGCCCUGGAGCAAGCCAACGUGACAGCUUUAGGAGACCCUAGACCAUGUAGCAGGCAGGAGCUUCGACGCUGUUUCAUCCAGAGAGCCAGGGACCCCCUGCUCAACGACAGGCUGCACCGGGUCCGAGCCCUCCGUAGCACCUUGAAGGCGAAAGAGUCGGAGCUAGCAGUGAUCUGUUCCCUCCUGGAGGACCCUGGCUUGUGCUCCCAAACCUUCAGAGAAUGGAAGCAGUGGCACAGCGAGCUCUACUCAGACAUCUGCCAGCUCAGCCCCGGCACCAACGGCCAGGAUGACCUCUCCCCGCUGGCCGCACCUCUCAUGACCCACACGCACUCCUUCAUCGAGACCCACGUGUGAGAAAGAGACGAGAAGCAAAGGCUGAACUGACACGCAAACACACACACACGAGCGCAGUAACACGGAGCUUUACAUUAGCUAACCCUCUGUCCUGGUCACGACUCUGAGCAUGCACACACACACACACACACACAUUGUAAGAUGUGUAAAUAUCAUAGAGGGAACAGUCUGAGACCUGCGUGUAUGAACUUUUGAUAAUCCCGAGGACCCCACAGGGUGCCAAUUGCAUGCCUGAACAGAAAGCAUUAAUCUUCCUUUGUCUAUGGAUCUCAGCAUAAACGCCACACGCUUGUCAAGCAAAACGGGGGAAAAAAACAGACUUUUUAACACAAAUGUUUUCUUUUAUAUUCUUUAGGUUUUGCUUUUGCUUUUUUCUGCUUUAUUUUAGGGGUAAGGGGGAGCUAUGUAGCAGCAAUACAGAGGAAAACCCUUUUCACCACAGCACUGUACUUUUGUACUGAUGAACUUUGCACCCAGAGCCACCAGUUCUCCCCCUUUCUCUCUGUGUUUUUUUCCUCUUGCGUAUCUUUUUGAGUUACAGGGACCUCACUGUUAUUUCAGGCUGAUCUCACGGGACAGUGCGGGGAAAGUAAAGUGUGAGACUGUGAGAGGUAGCCAGCAAUGUCGGUUUAUCAGCGAGAACCCCUUUGCGCUGGCCGGAUUCAUGUGCUGAAGGAGUCUCCUCUGAACGAGUGCAGUUCUGUUGGCAUCUUCUCUUCCUCUCGUUUCUCUCCAUCACCUUCUCUUUUCUUAGCGACUUCUUUCUCUAGUCCUCAAAGACUUGUGUAUAUGUGUAUACUGCUGUGUAUACUGAUGUAAAUGUUUGCGUUCCACUACCACUGUGAUAGGCUUCUAGAGGUAGCGGAGGGAAGACAGAGAGUAUGUAUUUGUGCGGGUGCAAAACAAGUUUAUUAUUAUUACUUUCUUUUGGUUUCUUUCAUAGUUUUUUUUCCUUAAACCGUGAAUGCAAGAGCUUAGAGAGUUCUUUUUCAGUCACUCACUACAACGAAUGCACUUUCUAUAUCUCUAUAUCUCAUCGGCUGCAUCACAGGGUCUACGUGUCAUCGGCCUCAUUACCAUUGCUGUUCAAAUAUCAGGUAAAAGCAUUUCCCGUCUCAUUUUCUAAAGAUUUGUGUACAGUCUACAAAUAUAUUUAAACAUAGAAGACUAUAUAAAAUCUAUUUACGUUUUGUGUCAUAGAAAUAAUGUAAAGUAUGAUGUAUUCUAUGCCAAGGUUCUGCAGUGUCCCCCUCUUCACUCUGUAGAUGCAGGGUGUUUAGCAGUCGAACAAAUAGGAUGCGACCGACAGCCGUCGCUGAUGGUCUUUACUGGUUUACAUCACGGCUGACCAUUCUCUGGGUGGUGCGUUGCAUGAGACAAAGGCCUGGGACUGAUUUGAAUGGACAGGGUAAAAUACUGUGGAUCAUUUGUGUUCCUUUUUUUGUUCCUUCUCACAAUUGCAAGGUAAUUAGACUCGUAGCGCAUGAUAGAUGCAAAAGUACCGUCGAAGGAUGACUUUUUCUUUAUGUGCUCGUAGCUUUCAAGUCUUUGUUUUUCAUUCUGCAGUGUUUAGAGACACGUACUGUACCAUGACAGUUAAGGGAGGUUUUUCCUUCUCCUUUAGCAUCCAAGCAGCAGGUUAUGAUUUGAUGUUUGGCUUACAUAGAAGACCGACCUGCAUCCUAAAGAAGCUUCUGACACCUCACUCCAAGUGACAUCACUGCAGUUGCUUCCAAAGUGAAAGCUAAUUUGACAUUCCCUCUAAGCAUAUGGUUGAUACUGGGCAGUCAUAACCUCUGCACUAAACGGUCUGUAAUGUCUGUGAAACCGGGAUGAAUCAUUUCAUCUGCAAUAUCAGGCCAAGGACUCAACGGUGCCCCCCAGUGUCGAGGACUCCGAGAGACACGUGUAGCACCUGCUGCAUCCAGCACUGUCUGUACUUAGUCUUCAUAUUUUACUGUUGUUCUUCUUCAUGAGUUUUCACCAUGUCACACUGUAGUGAAAUAUCAAACGUGCCCCAGAGAUAUAGCUCAUGUUAUUUGCCUGUUAUUUCUUUAUUUUUGUUUUUUUGCUAGUUAGUUUUUUAAUGAUUAAUUUGAGAGUAACACAAAGAAACUCAAUGAUGCAAGCACUUUCCCUGUGCCUCCCAAUCCUCUCUUUGGCAACAAAAGGACUGACUAUUUCCACACACAGGCACGCACACACACACACAGACACACACGCGCAGCUGUAGAAGAGUUACAAUACAGUUUUAGUCUGCAGACCUCUCUCUGUUUGUCAUCUGUAGUGUUGGUCUUCUUUCUCCAACCGCUGCUCUGACAUACUGUAGAUUAAAGGAGUUCUGAGAGUUUUCAUUUGUAGGCACCGACUGUGUUAUUCCUCCCGAAUCUUUUUGUGUGUGUAAACCUGCAGAAACAGGCCGAAAAGGGAGAUUCCACUGUGUGUUCUUUCAGGGGUGUACACCUCAUGGUACAUUGCACAGGUGUGUAAGAUGUAAGUUGCACUGCGACAUUAAAAAAAAGGAACAUAUUGCUCUUUUUCAAGGAUAAUAUUAGCUUACUGUUAUUCUGUACAUUAAAAUGACUAAAGACGAUAUUAAAAAAGAAAGAAAAUUACAUUUAUUCUUCCUAAAGUAGCCUUUUUUGGUUUCAUAUAUAUGAAUAUAUAUUACAGAAAAUACAGAUUGUAAACCUAAGUUGUUAAACUUUGACUUCAAUAAACUGAAUCCUCUGCACUA